AUGAGUGACAUAAGGAGCCCAAAAGGCUUGAACUCAAGUUUUAUGCCUGCUCUUGAGGACCCCCGUCUCAUUACAUCUGAAGUCACAGGUCAGCAAUCAGACCUCAACUCUGAGGAGAGAGCAAUACAGUUACUGUUGGGCAGUGCUGAUUUGUCUCCUGUGCAUUUCUGGGAUCGACCAGGUUCCCUUCUGGAUUCUCUUUCUAUUGGGAGUGAGGUGUAUGACAGUGAACUCAAUGAUCCCCACUAUGACCAGAGUCUGCUUGAAAGUCUUUUUUACACCACACCUAAGUCAGAUUCCAGUUUAAGUGAUUUCCUCAGUGAUGAAGAUGUGAAGCCUUCCAAAAAAGGAACCAAAACAAAAACUGUGAAGAAAGCUGAUGCUGCGAAUGCACAGAAGGAUUCCACUGCCUCAGAUCAGGAUCAGAAGGUGACAGAAAUUAAACCCAGCUCCUCUUCUACCAGACAGUUUGCUCCUCCAGAUGUUGACACAGAAGAAGCUCAUGUCACAGCCUUGAGUGUUGACAGGUUGGCUUUGCUGGGGAGAAUACACCUGGCCAGAGUCAUCAUUGAGAGCCUGAGAAUCUCUCUUGAGAGCAUCCAGACUACACCAAGAAAGAAAGGUUUAAUGGGGAAGCCUCCCAGGCCUGCUUCAGUUAAUAAGUGUACCUUCUUUGUGGAGUACAGCUUUCCUGUGGGAGCCUCCAAGAAUGAGAAAGGCCAAGUCUCCUUAAGGACAGAAUUAACUCGAAUAGCUUCAAGUAAAAUCACAGACGGAGUGGUGAAAUUCCAGCAGCGAUUUGUGUUCCCUGUCCGUUUUGGUGGAACCAUGAUAGAGCACUGGUGGAGCUCUGACCUUGCUUUUAAAAUCUACAUGCGAAAAAGCACACAAAGAAAGCCAGUGGCCAUUGGCUCAGCAGUGCUUCAGCUGUGCAAGGUCAUUCAGUCAGAGCUCCUCACUUUCAGCUGUGAAAUACCUGUAGAAAAAGAGGGAGAUCAGAUACAAGUUGGACCCCUGAAGUUAUCAGUAGAGCUUGCAGCUGACAGCAAGGACUUCACCUGCACCACUGCCAGGUGCUCGGUGGCUGUGCAGCAGCAAAUCCCACCUCAUGCCAUAAGAAGUCCUCGGAUGGAACUUUGGGAGCCCAACAGGGACCGUGUGAAUGCAGAAAGCUGCUUGAAAUUAAGCAACAACAUGGACUCAGACAAGACAGGAGCAGCCUGCACAAAUGUGCAGCCACCGUGGUCUGUUGCAACCCCUGUGGCCCGUAAUCUGGUGACACGAUUGCCUGCAGCUGAAGAUUAUGGGUUAUUACUGCAUGUGCUGCUGAUGGUGCCAGAUGGGAAGGAUUUUAUUGCUGAAAACAGCGGACUCCACACUUCUUGUAAUGUGUAUUUGAACUGCAAGCUGCUCAACAUGGAGGAGGCAACAAGAUCUGCAGUCGUAUGGGGUACAACGCAGCCUACCUUUAAUUUUUCUCAGGUGAUGCCUUUUUCCCUGACUUCCAAACACUUGGAGCGACUGAAGAACAACGUCAUGGUUAUUGAGGCAUGGAACAAGGUGGGAAACCCUGGUAGUGACAGACUGCUGGGAUUGGUGAAACUGCCUCUGCAUCAGUUUUACAUCUCAUUCAAAGACCCAAGGGUUUCCCACCUGCUGCUUCAGGCUCAGUAUCCAGUGGUUGCUGUGGACAGCUACAUGCCUGUGAUAGACGUCUUCACUGGCAGUAAAUGUGGAAGCCUGAGGGUCAUUCUGGCCAUGGGCUCAGCUGAUCAGAUCGUGGCACUGCAAAGGCUGAAGAAUGAAGAAGGAAUGGAGCCUCCCAUCACCCAGCGCCCUGCUCACUUCCUGGACCCCCCUCCUACAAAGCUGACAAUGCAGUUGGAGAGAGAAGGGGAAGAACUGAUGGAGCAUGUCUUUGAGAUUCAUGUGGAGAGUGUGAAAGGACUCACUCCCCUGCAGUCCACAGUGUGGGGAGAGGCUGACUGCUACGUUCAGUACUAUUUCCCAGUGCAAGAGGCUGGCUCUGGUGCAUUGCCAGGAGCAGAACUGCACACGGAUGGCAUCGAGUUGAAGCCUUUUCGGACAGCAACCACUUUAUGUGUUCCUGAUCCUGUCUUUAAUGAUGAGCAUCAUCAUUCUCUGUUGGUUCCAGCUGAUGUCCCAGUUCAGAGGCUUCUGGUCAGUGCAUUUAUGGCACCAGGAGCAAUUGGAGAAGGAAUCCAGUUUGAAGUCUGGUGCAGGUAUUAUUACCCAAAUGUCAGAGACCAGAUGGUUGCCAAAGGGACCUUGCCUUUGUCACGGCUGUGUGCCAUGAUAACGAUGCAGCAUCGUGAAGAAAUAGGAAUACAGACUUUUAAUCUUCCAUUGCUGCCCAGGACUGAUUCCUCAGAAGAAUUUCAUCUGCGGUCUUCAGGCUUGCUUGAUGUGAGUGUGAGAUACCAACGUUCUGUGAAAACGACAGCAGGAAGAACUGCUCAAACUGUUUCUCUUUCUGUACAAAUACACAGGGCAGCUGGUUUGCAAGCAGCAGCCAGAGCUGUGGCAGAAAAGAACCCUUCGGUGCGGUACUAUGCAGGUGUUGGAGUUAAUGCUUACGUUUCUGUGCACCUCUCCUUCCUACCUGAGACAGAGAGGCACAGCACACGAGCUGUGGCUCGCAGCUUCUGCCCAGAGUUUGAGCACCACGUGGAGAUCCCUUGUAACCUCAUUGUUCAGAAAAGCAGCGGAGAAGCCUCUUGUCUGGGGGAGCUCCUGCAGUCUGCCAACAUCACUUUCUCUGUCUACCAUCAGAACGUCAAGUCAG